AUGCUGGACAUCCCCAGUAGAAAUCAGGAGGAAGACACACAGAGGAUGCUGAAGAGGAAAAAAGAGAUGAGGAAACGGAGCUGGGCCAGACAACAGAGGCUGGGGGAGAAGAGGAGAUAUGAGCCGUAUCUCCCUUCUAUCAUCAUGGGGAACAUAAGAUCGCUGGACAACAAGAUGGACGAGCUAAUGGCGCUGAUUCCAGUGAUGACGGGCGCCUUCAUGGACUCGUCUCCCAACGAUGACUACAGCACCGACCACUCUCUGUUCAACUCGUCUGCAAGCGUCCAUGCUGCUUCCUUGGCAGCUCAUAGCCAACCUGAGGAGCCCCAGUCCAUGUCCCGGGACGCCAUUUGGCUCUGGAUCGCCAUCACUGCCACAAUUGGGAACAUAGUAGUUGUGGGUGUGGUGUACGCCUUCACAUUCUGAAAGUAACUACUCUGAACCAGAAUGUGCAAAGGAACACGUGAUAUAGUUUAUGACUAGUUUAUGACUAGCCACACACAGCGAUGGACUGUGUGUGGACUCUCUGUUAAGCGGAUGACUCAUCAAAUGGAAUUUCAUGUAGUCAGUAAAGGACACAUCAGCAAAAUUACCCAGCAGUCAUCAGUCGCAAUGCACAUGAGACAUAAUGAACUUGUGCCAGUGAAGCAUGAAAGAGUGGGAAAAAAAGUAAAUAUUGCACAAAAAAAGUCUUCUCUGAGGAAAUAGAGGUGGUAAUAGCAGACAUAACGUACAGCUGUGUUCUUUCUUCACCGUGUUUAUCUGCUGUCAAGUAUGCUUUUUAUCUUUAAUGGCAUUUAUUGAAAGGGGGGGGUCUGUAGCCCAACUUAUGAUGUACGAGACAGCAGGGUAAUGUGUGUGUUUAUCUGUGUGUGUUUGGCUGGCUGUGGCUCAGUGCCCAACAGAGGACCCAUGAAGAGAUACUGUAUUUAAAAUGUUUCAUUCAGAAUCAACAGACUGAAGAAAGUCUGACGUGUUAACUUUUCAAGCCCUCUUCCAUAUCUUUAAAUGUGUUAUUACUUUGUGUUUUUAAUGUUAACACUGUCUGCAAAUUUCCCUUACACAAUAAUACACUCUGAUGAAUGAUUAGCCAAAGACACUUUCUUCAGUAUCAUAGUAUAGGUCAACCUCAGUCAUGCUUUCUUUCUGUAGUUCAGUAUGUAGAGUAGGAGCCAGUAUUACUGAUACAUCAUCUCCUCCAGGCUGACCUCAUGUUGUUCUGACAGAAAAUUACAUUUUGAAAAUUCAUUUGUACCAUGUCAUUGUAAACAAAAUGUAUUUCUCGUUAUAUCGAGUAUAGAGAAGGGAUCUUAUGGGGCUAAUAUUGUUUUUGCAGAUGUGUGUGGAGAGUUGGAAGACUGGAGCCCAUUUCAGCUAACUUCAAGCUGCGAUUUGCAGCAUGGGAUCAUUAUGUCUGCUGUUAAUUUUUAAAUGUUUCUCUAA